GAAGUGCACCUGGACGGACUCAAACAAACGUGGAAUUUUAGCUACAGGAAAAAAAAGACGCUUUCUGGAAGUAAAGGUCUAAAGGACGUGAUAUCAGUUUGACAGCUCAGAUUGCGUGUGCUCAUUCGGGAUGAAGUUGACUUGGGAUAUAAACGACCCUAAGCUUCCACAGGAUACGAAGCAGUAUGAUGCGUUCCAGGAGUGGACUGAUGGAUAUGUGCGUUAUAUCUACAGCAGUGAAGAUAAGAACGCGCAAAGACACCUGAGCGGAUGGGCCAUGAGGAACACUAACAAUCAUAACUGUCAGAUCCUGAAGAAGUCCUGUCUUGGUGUGGUGGUGUGUUCACGAAACUGCUCUCUCCCAGACGGGUCCAAACUUCAGCUGAGACCGGCCAUAUGUGACAAAGCGCGGCAGAAACAGCAGAAAAAGCUUUGUCUGAACUGUAACUCAGCUCUCGAGUUGAUUCCGUGCCGAGGUCACAGUGGCUAUCCAGUAACUAAUUUUUGGAGAGUAGAUGGGAAAGCCAUUUUUUUCCAGGCUAAAGGAGUACAUGACCACCCCAGACCAGAGAGUAAGUCAGAAACAGAGGCAAGAAGAAGUGCAGUGAAGAGAAGGAUGUCUUCACCUCACUUUUCACAGAAAAGAAGACUGGUGGAGCCAGAGCCUGGACGUUACCACGAAAUGGCCUACCCAAAUAUCCACCAGCUCACCAUGGAGGGUCCGGAGCGCUUCAGCAUCAUUGCAGAGUCCAAUUUCCCAAUACAGACCCAACACUAUCCUUCAUUCCAGAAUCCAGAGCCCUACAAGUUCCCUUAUGACACAACAGCAGCCAUGGCGGAUACACCGAGCUCACUGCAGAAGCCUCCUAACCACCGUUUGUAUAUGACUCGCCCUCCUUGUGGGUAUGACUUUGCAGUCCCAGGAUACCUUGGCUCAGGGCCUUAUCCAACAACACUUUAUAAGGAUCCUUCUAGCCCACAAACUGAGACAGAUCCUAAUAAGUCGGGGCCUAGCCUGAGUGGCGUGUCUCAUGGCACGAGUCCUUUAGGCAGCCAUGAGCGAAGCUACGCAGAAACUACGGGAAAGCAUCAUGGCUGGAAGCAAAUUCUUAGUAAAGGUGCCUAUGGGGAGAGAGGAGACUACACUCAACUGCCAACCAACGCCAACCACCAUUACUACAACAGUGACUACCCAUGUAGGUACACAGGACCUGCUCCUGCUACCCCAGCAGCACUGCAGACCAUAAUAACCACAACCACAAAAGUGUCCUACCAGCCAUGCCCCAAGCCAUCUGUUGUCAAGUAUGGAGAGAACAUCUAUGAUGUCAAAGGCCUGUCUAACUGUAACUCAAUCUUGGAAGAGUCCUCUCCCAACUCUUACUCGGAUCUGAAGAUUCCAGAGGAUUCGGGUGUGAUCAAAUCUGCUCUGUCGUAUCAGGACACGCUCCCAUCUAAAAUUGAGAGAUCUGAAAACUUUGAGGGCUAUCGCUACAGUAGCUACAGCUCAAACAGUUACCCUGAUCGAAUGUCGCAUCCUUUCAGGUACGACAGUGGGGAAUACUGAAGGACUGCAGGAAAACAGACAGGGUGCACAACCCCCUGAUCAGAUCAGAGCAAGCAUAUGGAAUCAGAGCAAGUAUAUGGAAAUGUGUUGUUAUUUAUAUUCAGUAUUUGAGCUGUUUAAAUGUCUUUAGUUUUGUAGAUAACUGGUGAAUUUUGUGUAUAUUUUUGACCCAUAUUGAUUUCAUACACUGACAUCAGUGUUGAGUACAUUUCCAUAUUCAAGUAAUGCGUUUUAAAGCCAUGAUCGGUUAUUAGCCGUUGUCCACAAAAGAAAUAAAGAACCAUGUGUCAAAUGACAAUUUAGGUAGGAAUUUUUAAAUUUGUUUCUUUGAUAUUCAUUAAAGCUGUUUCUUUAACAAAACUGA